AUGGUUGGAGACCCAGGAACUCAAAGAGUGCUGCUCCCACAAAGCUCACAGAUGCAGAGCUUCACAUUUACACCGAACAACUUUGGGCAGAGAGAGAACCAAAAGAAUUAUGUAUUUGUGGACGAGCACAAUAGACAUAAACGUUUGAAGGUGAUGAGAGCCUGCGAAGGCUGUAGGCGGAGAAAAAUAAAGUGCGAUGCGGCCACUACCAACACCUGGCCAUGUUCAGCAUGUAUUCGACUAAAGUUGCAUUGCGUGCCUCCGACAGUCAGCUAUAACGAUCGCGACUUUGGUUCGAAUCCCCAGACCUAUGAACCCGAGAGAGUGGGGUAUGAUAGUGGUGGAAGCGGCGACGACGAGUACCACCAGCAGGUCGCGAUGCAACAGCAAAUGGCCGGUCCGCACAAGAGCAUCCCUCCAAUCUAUACGCAACAAGUUUCAUAUCCGGACCCCGUUGGAGUCUAUCAACCAGGAUCCUAUGGCGAACCAUCUUCCAGCCACAGUCAGCACGGCAUGCAUUAUAAUAACAUGCAGACGCCAGUUAGUGUCAUCGAUCAACAUCAGCACUACACUCCACAGGGUGUCUUUCCAACACCACCGCUACAACAUCAACACUCUUCUCACCCAGAUACCCCCGAAACAUACGAGCAGGACCAGUACGGACAACAAAAUUUGGCCGAUUUGCUCGGCGAGUUGAGAAUGAACGAAGCUGGCACUGCUCCCUACUUAAAUAACAAAAGCAGAACAAAAACUUUAGUCGAAGAACCAGCAUUUGAGGAUCUCGACGAGUACAAGCACGUUUUGCCGCCGAAUUUGUCAGGUCCAGAUCUCAAAGUAAGAAUACCGCCAGAGCUAAUGCCAGACGACGAGACUGCCUUGCACUACUUCGACAUGUAUUUUAUGAAUGUUCAUCCAUACGUCCCAGUCAUCAACAAAGCUCUCUUUUAUCAGCAAUGGCAUACCAACCGAGAAGCAAUCUCACCCCUCAUUUUGGAAGCCAUCUUCGCUAUAGCCGGACGGUUAGCUGAUGAGCCCGCACAAGGACAGCAGUGGUUAGCUCUUGCAUCGAAACACGCCGAUUCUUUCAUGGACGUGCCACGGUUGAGUACCCUUCAAGCGAUGCUCAUCGUUCUGAAGGCUCGAGAGUCAGCACCAAAACGAGGUUACUAUUUUCGAUCUUGGAUGACGGUCGUGUCGUGUGUGCAGAUGGCAAAGGACCUUGGAUUGGAUGAGCAUUUUGAAGAGCACAAAGCGGGGCGGCCGUGCGGGUCUGAACUUGCCGACUGCAUAACAAAAACUCGAAUCUGGCAAACGAUUUUUGUCUGCGAACUAAUGAUUGGAUCCCCUCAAGGACGAACGGAUCUGUCUGUAGAUAUGGAAUCCGUUGACCUCAGCAUACCUCGCCCUUCGAUGGGAGGCGACGAGGGAGAAUUCCACAACACACGCAACUUUACUUACUUCUCCCGGGUCGUUCGAAAUGUCAGACGAAUGAACAACGUCUAUGCACGAAUUAAGAAAAAGAAGGAAUGGGGAAUCGAUCCAGACUUUGUGCAGUUGAAUCCAUCUUUUGAGUCUUGGAUGAACGAUCUACCCGGCGAUUUGCAAAUCACAUUUCCUCCAGACGGAUCACCACCUUGGCUACCAUCCCACUUCAUCGGAAAUCUGCAUUCGUACUACUACCUGAGUAUAAUUAUGCUCCACCGACCUCAGCUCACCUUUAUGGAGCCCACGAACAUAGAUGGAGGUUGGAAGCAUCACAUGAUGAUCUGUUACUCGUCAGCGAAAUUACUCUGCAGACUGCAGGAAGGCAUCCUUCAGUCGUUUGGAAUGACCGGGCUUCUAUGCAUGCAGAGAGGCAUAAAUUUCACAAUUUACUGUGUCCUAACCUGCACUGUUCUCCAUCUGGUCGCACUCACUUCACCAGAUCCAGACCUCAACUCCGACGCUCGCGAAUAUUUUACUCGGCAUAUGAGAAUACUAGAGAAAUGUUCUAGCUCCUGGCCAAUGCCUGACAUGCAACAGCAGAUCGAUGCGCUACGGGAGGCCUUUUCUGCCGACAUCAGAAAGCCAUUCGUUCUCAAGCCCACUUUUCCAUAUGGGAGUCCGGGUGCGCCUGUCCAUACCUCUCCUUCACGGGCCAAUGUGCAGUAUCGCCAGGGGAGCACGCAUGGAUCACAAAACUUGGAGCAACAACAUGCCCCACAACAAGUCAGUUACACAGCCCACCCUAUUUCACCGCCUAUCUCAGCCGGAGGUGUGGACAAUAAGAGUGACUCUCCUGCUGUACAGUCACUGGUAAUGAUGGCCACCGGUCAACGAGCUCCGCAACCGCCCAUAACAUCCGGGGUCCCAAUGACUGAUCCGUCAACGUGGAACCCGUCAAGAAUCUUUGACCAAUGGAACACGACUUUUGGUACGAACCCUGCUCAGAGCACCUCCGCUCCUCAAGCAACCCCUCUAAAACUAGCCGUUUCAGGUGCACAAGAAAUCCCGACUCUACCGGAGCUACAGGCCAUUGCAAACCCCAACGUACAGCCAGCUUCCCAUUCCAUUCCUCCGCAGCAAUACUCCGGAGCGCCGAUCCCGUCUUUUGUCAGUCCUAGCAUGUGGCAGGAAUCUGUGGCGAGUGUGUAUGAGGGAGGGCUGAAGAGGCAUUGGGAAUACGAUGAGAGCAUGAAUGCAAAACGACCGCGAUGA